GCCCCGACCCCGGACGCAGAGAAAGCGCCGCGACAUUUCCGGCAGGACUGCGAGUCCCCGCUCGUCGGCGAGUGCGGACCUUCGGGAAGGAGGUGCAGGCCUGGUGUGAUCUUCCAUUUGGACAGAGUGAAAGAGCACAAUGCAGAAGGACUCUGGCCCACUAGUGCCUUUACAUUGGAUCGGCUUUGGCUAUGCAGCACUGGUUGCUUCCGGCGGGAUCAUUGGCUAUGCAAGAGCAGGCAGUGUCCCGUCCCUGGCUGCCGGGCUCCUCUUCGGUGGAUUAGCAGGCCUCGGUGCCUAUCAGCUGUCUCAGGAUCCAAGGAACAUUUGGGUUUUCUUAGUUACAUCUGGAACCUUGGCUGCCAUUAUGGGAAUGAGAUUCUACCACUCUGGAAAAUUUAUGCCUGCAGGCUUAAUUGCAGGAGCCAGUUUGCUGAUGGUCGCCAAACUUGGAAUUAGUGCGUUGGGUAAACCCCAUCAGUAGUAGUCAUGGCCCAGCUUGGACUCGUGAAGAAUUUUAAAAUUUUCACUAUUUUUAGCGUAUUAAGAUAAAUAAGUACAGCAUUUUCACAUAUUCUGACAUUUUACUUAAAACAAAAACAAACCAAAAAAACCCAGCUUUGCAGAGAAAAAAAGUCAGUUAUUAUCAUUACAACCUUAAAGAGGUGGGUAGAGUGUAACACAAGAGCUUCUUCCUAUAGUAGAAGCAUACAGUUUGAUUCUUGUAUGUUGGUGUUGUCUGUUCUUUCUGAAUCUAUAGGUAAAAUCUCCAGGGAUAAAAUGUAAGGUGUCGCCAUUGGGGCCCCUGAAACCCUGUACCCUACUCAGAGGAACAGUGUGAAAAAGAUCUGUUAAUGAGAUUUAGGAUAGCUGUUCUUUUGCUUAUCUUAGAGCACAGACCUACUUUGAAAUUAUGUUAAGUGAAAUCAAUGAAAAUAAAGUUUACUGUAAAUAAUA